AUGCUUCCAAAAAAAGUUUCCAGUCAAAUCAAGAUAUGGAAAAAUCAAGAACCGGAAGAGUUAACACCAUCAGCACCCUAUGAAGAUAAUUUAAGAGCGCUUGUUCCCGUCAAUCUUCAGAUCACCAUAGACCUUGAACUUGAAGGUCUACUAACAGGACCAUUAGAAAGGAAUUGGAUGUUGAGGAUAUCUGUUGCACUCAUUGGGGCUUUAUCUCAUGGGUCUGGAUUGACAACCCAUGCAAUAAUGCAAGUUGGAAUGGAUCUUGAGAAAUUCCUAACUCCAAAAUUAAAUCAUAUAGGAGCCACAUCAUUUGGAACACUCCCUAGAGCAAUGGUAAAGACAGUAUAUAAGGUAUUUACCUGCUGUGGUGUUAUCCCUCCACCAAGAUACAGGUUCCGACAACAAAUGGGGGAGCACUCCAUGUUAACAGGGAAGGGUGGUGCAACUGCUUUUCUUCAGCUCAAUGCAAGUAUUGAACUUGACAGUUUUGACUUAUCUCUACGAGAUAAAGCACUUUUGAAGGGAUUCAGACAGAUCUUUCAAAUAGAUCCUCUCGUUACAGACUUACCUCCUCCCACUCUCCCCCAUCCUGGAAGUAUGAAUCCUUCUGUGAUCUUUAGACAUAUUGUCAUGGGAGAUUAUGAUAAACCAAAGGUGGCAGUUCAAAGUCAAGAAAGAAAACUCUUGGGGAUUUGGGGAGAACUUAGAAAUAAAAUGAAGAUGAAGAUAAAAUCCCCUGAAGACUCAGCACAGGAGGGUGGAUGCAAUCCUUGUUCUGGACCUUUUGCCAUGCCCUAUGUCCAUCAGGACAAUCAGGACAGCCACCAGGCUGGGACCUCUAAAGUCCAUAGUAAAAUACCAAGGAAGAAACAGGAUCCUCAAGACCCCAACUAG